AUGGCCUCUAGACUUCCUUCCUCUAAUGACGCACAAGAUGGUGCGACCUCUCAGUUUCCCCACACUUCACCGGUGCCGAUGGAAACUGAUGACAUUGAGCUUGAAGCACCUACUUUGGCUCAGCAACAGAAUCAUCCACAAAACUUCAUGAAUCCACGAGAAGCCACAAUCGAACCAAUUGCUGCUGAUAUUUACGAAGACAACGAUCCAAGAAAACUUUUUGGAACUUCUCAAUUGCCUCUUGAACGGGAAUUCGAGGAACAAGUCUCAGCCGUCUCAGCUGCAAAGCCUGUAUCUUCUUUUAUCUCCUCAAACACUCCAUUCCACGAGUGCGAAACAAAUGUAAAACAACUUGUCAAGCGAUUUGAAAAUGCUGAUGAAUCUGAAAGGGAGAAGGGGAAUGGAUCUGUUGCAAAGCUGAAAGAAGAUUCACCGAUGACUUCAAUUGAUUUGAGCUUGCCUGCUCAGCGAUGUUCAUCGAGAAACUUGCAGCAACUGGAUUGGCAGAAGGAAGAGCUGAUGCAAGCUGAGAACAAUGUUGAAGAAUUGCGGAGAUUGGCGAUGAUUCGAGUGACUUCAAUGGAAAUCUUACGGCUAUCGAAGCCCCAAACCGUUUGUCGGAGUCAAAAAUGUGCAAGAUAUGAAAGGAUUGAUGGAAAAGAAGCGUUGAUCUACAGGGUUUGUCACAAAGAUUGUUACUUAGACGAGAAUGGAAAGCUAGACGGAUGUGCAGUCUUUCUUGGAUCGUCGUCGACUUUAGUGGGCGUCUGCACUGAAUGCUCCUGUCACAUAUAUGAUCACGAGCGAAUCCCGUACGAACAACGAAUCACCACAAAAUCUCUGGACAACCCACAAAAACUCGCCUCAGAAACGAAUGCUGCCGAGAUGAAGAAAAGCUCCAUUCGAAAAUUUGAGCGACUCAUCAAUGGAUAUCAAAAAGAAUCCAAUUACAUUUUAUUCGCAAUGGCAACUUUUUCUGUUUUCCUUGCUGAGAAUGGGAUCACUCAGAAAACGAAUCUCUUUGAACAACACUUACAGAAACUGAUUGUCGCUGAAGAAAAGAAAAUGAAAAGCGUGACUGGGGUGGAUGCGGAUGAAUUCAAUCGAUUGCUCGAACUCAGUGUGACUUAUGAAGAUAUUUGCAAACAAUUUGUUCAUCAACGAGACUCGGUAAAAAUUUCACUUGAUGAGCUUCAAGAAAUUCGACAAAAGUUGUUCUCUUUGCCACUGAAUGGCGCAAUGAUUGCACAGAUUUUCGAUAUUCAUGUGGAAACCAAUCAUCAGGAUUAUGAGGCAACUGUGACACGCUGCGAGAAAUCGAUGUUUCAAAAAAUACGCGGUGGUGUGAAGAAAUUGUUCUCGAUUUUUGGUGGCUCCACGAAA